AUGUUGACCCGCCAGGCCAUCAGCUUCUUGGCCCUUUUGGCCGCCGCCUCGACGGCCACUUCGGUGAAGGGCAAGGCCUUUGACCGAAUCGCAAUCAUCUGGAUGGAGAACACCGACUACGACAAAGCCAUCGGCGACCGCAAGUGCCCACUCCGCACGACCAACCUCGCCUGGCUGGCUUCCAAGGGCGUCACUCUUGACAACUAUCAUGCCGUCACCCAUCCCAGCCAGCCGAACUACCUUGCAGCUAUUGGAGGAGACUACUUUGGAAUGAACCACGAUGACUUGUCCACCUUCGAUGCCAACAUUUCGUCCAUCGUAGAUCUCCUCGAGGACAAGGGAAUCAGCUGGGGCGAGUACCAGGAAGACAUGCCCUACACCGGUUACACUGGCAAAGCGUAUCCCAACCCAACCACCGGUGCCAACAUGUACGUCCGGAAACACAACCCGGCAGUGAGCUACGGAAACGUCCUGGCCUCGCCUGAGCGUCUUGCUGUCACCAAGAACCUGACGCUCUUCCAGCAAGACCUGGAGAACGAGACGUUGCCGCAGUGGAUGUUCAUCACGCCAAACAUGACUUCCGACGGCCACGACUCCUCCGUCACGGUUGCGGGAGCCUGGAGCCGCAACUUCCUGGAGCCGCUCCUCGACGACCCAAAGUUCAUGAACAACACGCUCGUCCUCGUCACCUUUGACGAAAACGAGACGUACACCAUCCAGAACCGGGUGCUCGCCAUCCUGCUCGGCGACGCCGUGCCGGCGCAGCUCGUCGGCACCACCGACUCGACCUUCUACGACCACUACUCGGAGAUCUCGACGGUGCAGGCCAACUGGGGGCUCGACACGCUCGGCCGCUUCGACGUCGGCGCCAACGUCUUCUCCCUCGUCGCCAACAAGACGGGCGACGACGUGCGCGAGUGGAGCGGCCAGGGCGCGCAGGCGCUGGAGAACCGCUACUUCAACUACUCGUACGCCGGCGUCUUCAAUGACCGGGACGGCGAGGUGCGCACCUACGCCAAGCCGAACGUGGACCUCGAGUACGCCGGACGCAAGGUGCUCCAGAGCAUCGUCGACGUGUGGAAGGAUUCGUCGCUCCCCUCGUACUACACGGACGCUUUGGAGAUUCCGGACGGGUUGAGCCCGCCUGCAGGGUACUGA